CACAACAGAGCCGUCUCCUCUCCCUGCUCGCUCUCUCUCUUUCUCUCCAUCUAGGGUUUCGCCUUCCUCUCUCUCUCUUUCACACAACGACGGCGCCGAUCAUCCGUCAUCGCCGAUCCUCCUCCCUUACCGCCGCUGCUGCCUCCCUCUUUCUCUCUCUCUCACAAACGACGUUGACGGUUGCUCGCCCCUCACAGCCACUCCUCCCUCUCCGGCGAUCUUCCCUCACCGCCGAUUUCAAAGGUGACUCCAACAAGCCACGCAUGGGAAGCUUUCUGUACAUCUUCCCGGUUCAAGUGAAUGAUGACCAGAUUAUUCUUGAUAAGACUGUUGCUGAUCAAGUAUCUAUAUGGAAAAGCAGCAGAGGCCUAACUGAUAAGGUGGUCCCCAAUCAUGAUUGCUCUGGAGAAACAUGUUCUUAUUAUCAAAUUGGAGAUGUAUUCGUUUGUGAGAAGACCGGACAGGUCCAUGUUUGUGAUGAUACAUGCAGAGAAGCUGUUUUGGACCCUACAAAUGUGCUUUUGGUUUGUACAAUAUCUGGGCACUGCUUUGAUCUAUUACUGUCACCAUCUGAAAUGGA